UUUAUCGGACUCUUUAGUCUCUUACUACUUACCACACCUCCGUCAAUUUCAUGCACUUUCCCUUUUCUCUCUCUCUUUCAACUCCAAAUUAAUUAUAAUUAUUAUUGCAAUUAUCAUAAUCAUCAUCAUGAUUCAUAAUAAUAAAAAGUUUGAUUGAAAAUAAGGUUUUCGCUUUUGUUGAUGAAGGGCAUCCAAUCGCCAUCGCUUCCAAGGCAAGGCAAGGAAAUAACCUAUUCUAACCUCUCUCUCUCUCUAACUGUUAUUGAUGUGAUACUGCUGCUGAAGUCUGAAGAUGAUGUGCUGUUUUUCCUUUACUCGCUAAACUCUGACUGAGUCUCACUCACACUUUACCUUCUCUGUGGAUCUCUCUCUUCGCUUCAAACGCGAUCUUCUCCCUUACUCAGCAAUGCGUCUCUGAUUCUUUCCUUUCAGGCUUGAGUGGAAGUGUCGAUGGCAUCGAAACAAGGUGUGAAAACGAAGAGAUUCGGGCUGAGUGGUUCAAAAGGUGCUAAUUCGCCGUCAUCCUCUACCACGUCGUCUUCUAAACAGUUUCAGGAAACGUCCGUUGAUGGCCAGAGCUCGCCUGCAUCUUCGUCGGCUCGAAGUAAGCCGCAUCAAUUUUAUCCUGAAACUGCAGCUGCAGCUUUGGAUACACAGAGGGCCAAAGAAAAUGUCACGGUGACGGUCCGGUUUCGGCCUCUGAAUCCAAGGGAAAUUCGUCAAGGAGAGGAGAUUGCUUGGUAUGCAGAUGGAGAAACUAUUGUGCGAAAUGAAUAUAACCCGUCCUUAGCGUAUGCAUACGACCGUGUCUUUGGUCCCACAACCACAACACGUCAGGUCUAUGAUGUUGCUGCUCAGCAUGUCGUUAGUGGUGCUAUGGAGGGCAUCAAUGGUACUGUAUUUGCAUAUGGGGUAACAAGCAGUGGGAAGACUCAUACAAUGCAUGGUGAUCAACGAUCUCCUGGAAUCAUACCUCUUGCUGUGAAGGAUGCUUUUAGCAUUAUCCAAGAGACUCCAAACCGGGAGUUUCUCCUUCGAGUUUCCUACUUGGAGAUCUACAAUGAGGUGGUUAAUGACUUACUCAAUCCAGCAGGACAGAACUUAAGAAUCAGAGAGGAUGCUCAGGGCACCUAUGUUGAGGGAGUAAAGGAAGAGGUUGUGCUCUCCCCUGCUCAUGCACUGUCCCUUAUUGCAGCUGGAGAAGAGCAUAGACAUGUUGGAUCCACGAACUUCAACCUACUCAGCAGCAGGAGCCAUACUAUAUUUACCCUGACUAUAGAAAGUAGUCCAUGUGGUGAGAAUAGUGAAGGAGAAGCAGUGACACUGUCGCAACUGAAUCUCAUCGAUCUAGCAGGCUCUGAGAGCUCAAAAGCUGAAACAACUGGCAUGAGAAGGAGAGAAGGAUCUUAUAUCAAUAAAAGUCUUCUAACUCUUGGAACUGUUAUUUCAAAGUUGACUGAAGAUAAAGCUAGUCACAUACCUUAUAGGGAUUCCAAAUUGACUAGAGUACUUCAGUCUUCACUCAGUGGACAUGGACGUGUUUCUCUUAUCUGCACAGUAACUCCUUCAUCAAGUAGUACCGAAGAGACUCAUAAUACAUUGAAGUUUGCUCACCGAGCAAAGCACAUUGAAAUACGAGCAGCACAGAACAAGAUAAUUGAUGAGAAAUCACUUAUCAAGAAAUACCAACAAGAGAUUCAAUGCUUAAGGGAAGAAUUGGAACAAUUAAAGAGGGGUAUUGUGACAGUUCAACCAAAAGAUACUGGGGAUGAUGACAUUGAGCUCCUAAAACAGAAGUUAGAAGACGGUCAAGUUAAGUUGCAAUCCAGAUUGGAACAAGAAGAAGAAGCUAAAGCUGCUUUGUUGGGCAGAAUUCAGCGGUUGACUAAGUUGAUUUUGGUCUCCACAAACGCAUCACAGUCAACAAGAUUUCCUAACAGACCUGGUCCUCGACGAAGACAUUCCUUCGGGGAAGAAGAACUGGCGUACCUUCCUCAUAAAAGGCGAGAUUUAAUCUUAGAUGAGGAAAAUAUUGAUUUGUAUGUUAAUGUGGAGGGAAAUGCUCCAACAGCUGAUGAUUCUUUUAAGGAUGAGAAAAAGACAAAGAAACAUGGACUACUGAAUUGGUUGAAGUUACGUAAACGAGAUAGUGCCUUGACAGGCGCUAGUGAUAAAUCCAGUGGAGCAAAAUCUACGAGCACACCUUCUACACCUCAGGCAGAAAGUGGUAAUCAUGUGGAGUCCAGACUCUCUCAUUCUCAACCUGCAGAAAGCUCUCCCUCUGCUGAUCUUGUAUCAGAGGCAAGAGAGGAUAAAUAUCUUCACGAGGACAGUUUAUUGGGACAAGAGACUCCUUUGACAAGUAUGAAGUCAGUUGAUCAGAUUGAUCUUCUGAGGGAGCAGCACAAGAUUUUAUCUGGAGAAGUGGCACUUCAUUCAAGUGCUUUGAAGAGGCUGUCUGAGGAAGCAACAGGAAAUCCUCAGAAUGCUCAGAUUCAUGUGGAGAUGAAAAGGUUGAAAGAUGAAAUUAAGGUGAAGAGUGAACAAAUAGAUUUUCUGGAAAAGCAAAUUUCAAAUUCUUUUAUCGCUUCAGAUAAGACAGAACAGUCAGGAGUAUCACAGACUGUUUCUGAGCUGAUGGCACAAUUAAAUGAGAAAUCCUUUGACCUUGAGGUCAAAGCAGCAGACAACCGAAUAAUUCAAGAACAGCUUAGUCAGAAGAUUCGUGAAUGUGAAAACCAGCAAGAAACAAUUUCCUCUCUGAAACAGCAACUUGCAGAUGCAUUAGAAUUGAUAAACUUAAGCCCUGUAGUCAAUCGUUCACAUUUCUCUGUAACUAAAGACUACCAUGGUGAACCUCAUCUUGACAAGGGGAAUGUUACAAUAAACAAUACCAAUGAAGGGAUUCAUUUGCAAGCACAGGUAAGUGAGAUAGAAGAGCUGAAGCAGAGGGUGGCAGAACUGACAGAAUCAAAGGAACAGCUAGAAUUUAGAAAUCAGAAACUGGCAGAAGAGAGUUCAUAUGCUAAAGGGCUAGCUUCAGCUGCUGCUGUUGAGCUUAAGGCACUGUCAGAAGAAGUUGCCAAACUCAUGAAUCAGAAUGAGAGACUGACUUCUGAGCUAGCAGCAUCCAAGAAUUCACCCACUCAACGUAGAACUAGUGGCACAGUCCAAAAUGGGCGAAGAGAAAGUCAUGUUAGACUUAGACGAAAUGAUCAGGGUGGAUCAAAUGCUGAUAUCAAGAGAGAAUUAGCCUUAAUCAAAGAACGGGAACUUUCGUAUGAAUCUGCCCUUUUAGAGAGAGAUCAGAAAGAGGCCGAGCUUCAAAGAAAGAUUGAGGAGUCAAAGCAAAGAGAAGCAUACCUGGAAAAUGAACUUGCUAACAUGUGGGUCCUAGUGGCAAAGCUAAAAAAGUCACACGGAGCUGAAAUUGAUGUUUCAGGGUCGACUAAAGAGAGUUUGCAGUUGGAUGGUUUUGGCAUUUGAUGUGAUGAUAGUGGCGUUUGAGUUGACAAUUUGCUUUCAAUAGGAGUGGCUUGAGAGAGGUGUGUAAAGAUUGUUGUCUGCAGGAAAGUGUGCUUUUCGCUUCCCCAUCCAUCAGUGUCCUUUUUGGUCCAUUUCCAAUUUGUACAUCCAAAUUAUAGUCGCUUGACUAGCUCUUCCCUUCUUCCUGCCUUCUUACCUCCAUUCCUCCAAACGUUGAGCUAAUUUAGUCCCUUCUUAUUUGGUUGGCAUUAGAGUGAUAACGUUUAAAGCAUCCAAAGUAAUAUUGGCUUCAAAUGUGCAUUAAUAAUGAAGUUGCUUUUGGGUCCCUUUAACCUUCUCCCUGCCUUACCUCCAUUCUGCUAAAAAGGGCAGUGCAUUCUACUACCAAUUCCAAAAAGAAAUUCAGGGGGUCUACUAACUUUACAAGCUAUGAUUGUGCAUCAUUUUCUUUUUAUUCUGACUAUUUGGCCGUUUCAGCCUAGGACCUGGUUUUAAGCGAUUUUUGUUUGGUAGGACAACUAGCCUCCCUUUUCUUUUGAUUUUGAUGUUGAAAUGUGGAGUUGCAUAUUGUGUAUCAUACGCACAGGUCGUUUGUUCAAUGAAAAUAAAAACUAUAAAAAUGUCAGUUGUAAUAAUUUAAUUUUAAGUGAGAUGUUGUGGAAAUGCUUUUUAGUAC